AUCCUAAAAAGGACAGGAGGGGUGAAGGUUGGGUCUGGAUGAGGGGUCAGUGGUGGUCUGGGUCACAGAGGGGGUAUAUACAGGCCUCCAUGACACGCUGAUGCUCACGGUUUCUUGGUUUGCCGCUCUGUGGAUGCUACAACUCCUCCAGAUUUUUACCUGACAGGAACCAAACAUGACUUUCUACAAGCAUUCAGGUCCCAGGAGUUACCUCACCUCCACCAUGACGGAUCGCUUCGACUGCUACUACUGCCGUGACAACCUGCACGGGAAGAAGUACGUGAAGAAGGAUGAGAAGCAUGUGUGCACCAAGUGCUUCGACAAGCUCUGCGCCAACACCUGCGCAGAGUGCCGGCGCCCGAUUGGAGCCGACUCAAAGGAGCUCCACCACAAGAACCGCUACUGGCACGAGGACUGCUUCCGCUGCGCCAAAUGCUACAAGCCGCUGGCCAGUGAGUCGUUCAGCGCCCGAGACGACGGCAAGAUCAUGUGCGGGAAGUGUGGCUCCAGAGAGGACGGCAACCGCUGCCAGGGCUGCUACAAGGUGGUGAUGCCAGGGUCCAAGAACGUGGAGUAUAAAAACAAGGUGUGGCAUGAGGAAUGCUUCACCUGCUUUGAGUGCAAGCAGCCAAUCUGCACGCAGAGUUUCCUGGCCAGGGGUGAUGACAUCUUCUGCGCUCCUUGCCAUGAGAAGAAGUUUGCCAAGAAAUGCUUCAAGUGCAAGCAGCCCAUCACCUCUGGAGGGAUCAGCUACCAGGACCAGCCCUGGCACUCAGAGUGCUUUGUGUGCGAAACCUGCCGUAAACCUCUGGCAGGAACCCGCUUCACCUCCCAUGAGGAGCACGUUUACUGUGUGGACUGCUACAAGACCGACGUGGCCAAGAAGUGCCACGGCUGCAAGAACCCCAUCACAGGGUUCGGCCAUGGAACCAACGUGGUGAACUACGAGGGCUACGCCUGGCACGAGUACUGCUUCAACUGCAAGAAAUGCUCCCUCUCCCUCGCCAACAAGCGCUUUGUUCUCAACGGAGAGCAGAUCUACUGCCCCGACUGUGCUAAGAAGCUGUAAACAGAGGCACAGCAGAACAUCUUGGUUCAUGAGGAAGAGUUCAGUUUGUGUCUCAGAAAUUAAUUAUUUCUGAACUAGCAUGCAUGCAGUUAUUGUUUUUUUUCUUUUUUGGCAAAACAAGAUAAAAAUCAAGGUUCCUGCAAAAGGCUUUAGCACUAAAGCUUUCAAUCAUCAACAACAAUAUAACCAGCGUCAGUAUCUGCAGUUUGUCUCCAACGUGGCAGCAGAAUUGACAUUUUUAAUGAUUUUAAUCUGAUGUUUUUAGGACCCUCUGGUGUCUUGUGGUUCUUACGUACCUUUAGUGCCUUCUGGGAAUCCUUUGCUGCAUCAGAUGCUUUUAUCCUGCCUGCUGUUGCUGCUUUAAACAUACCAGCUUUGAUUAUUAACCUUAUUACAUCUCUGACUCUUUGGAUUUAAAAUACACAAAAGCUUUGUCAAUGAUGCUGAAUCAUAAACCUGUUGUGCCGUUAAAACUUGAAGUUUAAAAGGAUACAAAUAAAAGGAAGUACCGAG